CCCACAGGAAGCCCCAGCGAGGAGGCAGCGGGCAGCUAGCCCGAGUGCCAGCCCGCGGCCGCACCGCCGCUGCACCCGGCAGACGCGCGGGCGCCAGGCUCCGGCAUUGCGCUCGGAGCCGCCCGGCGCAUCGCAGAUAUCCUUGGUUACCUCACCCUUUUCUUGCUGGAUGGAACAGGAAGAUAAUCAGGGUGUGUGUGAACCCCAGAAUUCCGAAGAUAGAGGUAUGGGUUCUGACUUUGAGAACUCUGAGGACAGAGAAGGGGACCCAGAAGAAAGAGGAAUGGGCUCCAAUCCACGUGACACAGAAGAGAGGGGCCAUCUGGAGCAGGAGAUGGACUCCAACCCACGGGAUGACGAUCUAAGAGGGGACUCACAAGAGAGGGAAAUAGUGUCCACUGUCUGUCCAGAGGGGCUGCUGAGUGAGGAAGAAGGGGCUGUCCUCCGUGAGGAAGAGGACAACCAGCCUGGUGUGGCUGACAUGGCACUGUUCCCAGGCCUGUCAGAAUCUGACAGUAUAUCCCGGAGUCCCCGCGGAGAAGAGGAGGAGGAGGAGUUGGAAGAAGAGGAAGAGGAGGAAAACGUUGGGGAGAACCGGCUGAUGGAGGCAGAUGAGCAGUUGCCUCCUCCAAUGCUUCCCUGGAGGCGUCACCUCUCCCUGGGGGGUCGACACCGAGGUGACAAACCUGCCCACCGCCGCUUCCACCGCCUCCAUCACCCCAUGGCCAUGGACCUCGGGGAACUCGACAGCCUGAUGGCCAGCAUCAUGGACGCGCCCACCAUCUGCCCGGACUGCGGGGAGAGCUUCAGUCCGGGUGCCGCCUUUCUGCAGCACCAGCGCAUCCACCGCCUGGCUGAGGCCGCCGCGGUGGCCAGCCUGGAGCCCUUCGGCUUGGCGGCGGAGUGCGGUGGGGUGGUGGGGAUGAUGGGCAUGGGCGUGGCCGGCGGCUUCGGGGCGGGGCCGGCGCUGGCCCGGCCCCCCCGCGAGAAGCCCUUCCGCUGCGGGGAGUGCGGCAAAGGCUUCAGCCGCAACACCUACCUGACCAACCACCUGCGGCUGCACACGGGCGAGCGGCCCAACCUGUGCGCGGACUGCGGCAAGAGCUUCAGCUGGCGCGCCGACCUGCUCAAGCACCGGCGCCUGCACACGGGCGAGAAGCCCUACCCGUGCCCGGAGUGCGGCGAGGCCUUCAGCCUCAGCUCGCACUUGCUCAGCCACCGGCGCGCGCACGCGGCGGCCAGCGGCGCGGGCUCGGCGGCGCUGCGGCCCUUCGCGUGCGGCGAGUGCGGCAAGGGUUUCGUGCGCCGCUCGCACCUGGCCAACCACCAGCGCAUCCACACGGGCGAGAAGCCGCACGGCUGCGGCGAGUGCGGCAAGCGCUUCAGCUGGCGCUCGGACCUGGUGAAGCACCAGCGCGUGCACACGGGCGAGAAGCCCUACAUGUGCUCCGAGUGCGGCGAGACCUUCAGCGUCAGCUCGCACCUCUUCACGCACAAGCGCACGCACUCGGGCGAGCGGCCCUACGUGUGCCGCGAGUGCGGCAAGGGCUUCGGCCGCAACUCGCACCUCGUCAACCACCUGCGCGUGCACACGGGCGAGAAGCCCUUCCGCUGCGGCCAGUGCGAGAAGCGCUUCAGCGACUUCUCCACGCUCACGCAGCACCAGCGCACGCACACGGGCGAGAAGCCCUACACGUGCAUCGAGUGCGGCAAGAGCUUCAUCCAGAGCUCCCACCUCAUCCGCCACCGCCGCAUCCACACCGGCAACAAGCCCCACAAGUGCGCGGGCUGCGGCAAGGGCUUCCGCUACAAGACGCACCUUGCGCAGCACCAGAAGUUGCAUGUGUGCUAGGGCGGGGGUGGGGUGGGGUGGGGUCCCGAACGAGGCCGCGCUGGGAGUCGAUGGCUUGGUUACUGAUCCUGUAGAUGAUGGGGGAAGGGACGGGAGGGACAGCCCGAGAGUGUGUGUGUGUGGGGGUGCUUUUAAUGUUUGCCCCUGCUCCCCCACAAGGGGACGGUUAAUAAGAGUUGUUAUUUCGAGGUGCCUACCUCCUCCAUAGAAGUAACUCUUAAGAGAUGUGCUUGAGCUGAUGGCUUACUUUAAUACACACUGUAAGGAGUGAAGAGCUUGGGUGAACAGAUGCUUGGAGGACUCCCCCCCCCCCCCCCCCCCCCCCCCCGAGGAAGGGGAUGUGGGUGGAGAGGGUUGGGCUGCCGUGUUUGUGGGAACUGGGAGGGGUGGCUGGUUUAGAGUUAUGGGGGGUACAGUAAAGCGUGGGUAGGAAUAAGCCUGCGACACCUCUCACCCUCAGCUCUAGCCAGACCCUUCUCAUCCCUAUAGAAGAGGGCACUUCUAUCCACUUCCCUUCCCAUGAGCCACAGUUAGCUGCUAUUUUGAGACAUCCAGGGAAAGUCGAGCAGAGAAACUGCACAAUUACUUCAAGGGGCAACCUCGGGUUUAGAAAUCCACUAAAAACUGGUUCCCGGAUUUCUUAGGAAAUCCUGCACUUGGUUCUUCCUGUUGGGUCUCGGGUGCCUAGGUGGAUGGAUGACCCUGACCCAUGUGUAAGUCAGGACUUGCCCCGUCUUAGUCCGGCUUCAGGAGGACUGAAGACCACCAUCAGCAGCGGCCUGAGAAACCUGUUCACAAAAGUCAGCCCGCUCAGUUUUGCUGGCUUUCUGUGGAAAACGCAAGAAAGCUGAGUUCCCAGGAUGGGAUGCCUUUCUUUGCAUGUGUGUGCCCUGACCCCAAGAACCCCAACUUCUGCACAAAUUAAUGAGGGAUCUAGUCCAGACAGGGGUUUCCUUUUUCGCUUCCGUAUGAGAGGCACGGAUUUACACAUGGAGGGUACAGACAGGGAGAGGUGGGAAUGCAAAAUUGCCAAAUAGCUCAAACAGUGAAUGUUUUCUAGUUAGACGAUGCCAAAAUUAGCACUUUUGUAUUUUCAAAGUGUUUUAUGCUUUCUAAUGAUUGCUAGUGUUUCUCACGUGCUUGUGAGGUAGAUCAGUAUUACGAACUCUGUCUUGGGGGAGGUCUAGGGUAGGAGUGUGGCAAGCCUCUUGAGUGAAGGCUGAGGACUGCGGGUGGUAAGCCUGGCCUUGUGUGGUCUUCGGCUCUGUUGCUAGGAUGACUUACGUCCUCUGAUUUAAAUAAUACAGUAAGAACACUGAGCAUUCUUGUGCUUGAUGGAAGACAUAAAGCCUAGAAGGACCAAAGAUGUCCUUAUUGACAAAGCUGGCCUUUGUCACCUGAUUACAGUGUCCUCACUGUGUUCUGUUUCUCGGAGGGAGCUGUAGUCAAAUGACUUGUAUAGAUUUUGGUUACACUGAAAAUCCCUCCCCUCGAUUAGCCUGUAGAAGUUAGUGUUGUGGCAGGCGGUAAAGUUUUCUUCACUGAAAGUGUUUCGCCCUAGACUGUUCAUGGGAGUCUCAAACUGUUGGACACAGUUGAAGGGCGGGGGAGAACUAUACAAUUGUUUCUACAGUUUUAGUGAAGUUUCUGUGAAUGCUAGUGAUUUAUACUUGAUCAUUUAUAUUUUAGUAAUAAUCUUUCUUUGGGGGCUGUAGGAAAGCAUGUUUUUUUUUGUUUUUUUUGUUUUUUGGUCAUUUUAAGUACCCUUCAAAAAUCUGGAGAACACCCGGGCUUGUAUAUUGCCUGCUGAUCUUGACCACUAAAUCUGUUCAUUGUUGUUCACAGAUGGAUAUCAGACACUCACACUAGGGAUAGUUUUGCAAAGUCUGUGCCCAUGAUUUAUUCUGACUCUUGCAGUCUGAAUGCCAAGUGUAUGAGACCUACUUAAAACCACACAGCCAAUCUGUAAGUGAUCUUUAAUUUUUUUUUCUUUUGAGACAAGGUCUCUCUACAUAGCCCUGGCUGUCCUAGAACUCACUAUGUAGACCAGGCUGACCUUGGACUCAGAGAUCUGCCUGCCUCUGCUCCCCAAGUGCUAGGAUUAGAGGCAAAUGCCACUAUGACCGGCUUAUUAUAUUAUUUUUUUUGUACACAUCUACCUCUUCUGGCUGUUUUAAGUUCUCUCAAGUGUGUGCCAAUGAAAUUGCAUCCAACUUUUGAUUCUUCGUUUAUUUUCCGGCCACUUGAUGGGCUUUGUUUUGUGUUUUGUUUUUUCUUCUGUUGUUACCAUUACACACAGUAUAGCCGCUGUGAGAUGUGCUGCAUUUCAGCAGCUUUAGAGAAUGGGUUCAGUGGGGAGUGGAUCUUCAAGCUGGUGUGAAGUAAUGGCAGUAGAAAUCUUUGGCCUUCUCCUCUUCUUUCCAUUGCCACGGGUAAGAGCCUCAGCUCCUUUGUUAUCCCUUGGCUGAGCAAAUCCUUCAGCACUGACCAUGUACCGCUCCAGGGGUGUAUAUAAGAUGUGAUUCCCUUUCUCUUACUUCUUUGGGGAACAUACCCGCAUUAAGUGAGAUGCCACGCACCCAGAUGGUUAGUUCUCGUCUUCCGACUUAGGAUAAUAGUGUUUCUUCAGGAUACCCUGGUGACGGCGGUUCGUGCUUGAAAGGAUUCCUCCCUCCAACUCACUGCUGAUGUUGGAGGCCUUUGUACUGUUUAUUUCCGGGGAGUUUGGUCAAAAGCAGGUUCCCUUUGCUGUCCUUUACUAAGCAAAACUCGGUGCAGUUUAUGGGCUUAAAUGACUUAGUUCUGAGGUGGAAGAAUAUAAGCAGCCCUUUGAGCCACGUGGUGUCUUUACAGUCUCGAGGCUGUAUAUAUGUGAAAAGUGAAAAUUAAAAAAAAACAAAACUAUGUUCAUAGACAAUCUGAACUGUGUUUCUGAAGUUUGUGCACAUAUUUCAUUGUAGUGCUAUUUUACAUUUGUUUGUUAGAGUAGUUAAGUAAUUUAAUGAUCUGAAGAGUACCAGAUUCUGUGUGAGUGUGCUUGUGUAUGUGAGAAUUGCCUCGUUUUCAGGCUGUUUUAUUUAAUGAUGGUCCCUUGGACAGCAUCCUGGUGUUCAGCAACGAAUGUGGGAUAUUUGUCAUUAAAUUCCUAUCAGUCUUUUA